AUCGCAUUGCACGAGAAAGCAGUGGUUUAGAAAGAAUUCACUACAAUAAUACUUUGUUGUUGUAGUUAAUAACUACGUUGGCUUUUCUGAAUUUUUUGUAUGAGGUUGUAGUUAUGAGUCAACGACAGGUUUUGCAAGUGUUUGAGCAGUAUCAAAAAUCAAGAACACAAUUCGUGCAGACUGUUGCCGAGCUUGCAACAAGACCACAAAACAUAGAAACGUUACAGAAUGCAGGUGUGAUGUCUCUGUUGAGGCCCCUGCUGUUGGAUGUGGUUCCCACCAUCCAGCAGACUGCAGCUUUGGCUCUGGGACGACUGGCCAACUACAACGAUGACCUCGCAGAGGCUGUCGUUAAGGGAGACAUCCUACCACAACUAAUCUACUCCCUGGCUGAGCAGAAUAGGUUCUAUAAGAAGGCAGCAGCCUUCGUGCUGCGUGCGGUGGCCAGACAUUCCUCAGCCCUGGCCCAGGCGGUGGUGGACUGUGGGGCGCUGGACGCGCUAGUCGUCUCUCUGGAGGAAUUCGACCCCGGGGUGAAGGAGGCCGCGGCCUGGGCCCUGGGGUACAUCGCUCGGCAUAACGAACACCUGUCCCAGGCGGUUGUGGAGGCAGGGGCGCUGCCUCUGCUGGUGCUCUGCCUCCAGGAACCAGAGGUAGCCCUGAAGCGCAUUGCAGCCUCCGCCCUCAGCGACGUGGCUAAGCACUCCCCUGAGCUGGCCCAGACCGUGGUGGACACGGGCGCAAUUGCCCACCUGGCACAGAUGAUCCUCAACCCAGACGCCAAGCUCAAGAGGCAGGUGUUCUCCGCCCUCAGCCAGAUAGCGAAGCACUCGGUGGACCUGGCAGAGCUGGUGGUGGAGGCGGAGGUGUUCCCGGCCGUGCUGGCCUGUCUGAGAGACCCAGACGAGUACGUCAGGAAGAAUGUCACCACGCUGAUGAGGGAGAUCACCAAACACACUCCUGAGCUGUCUCAAAUGAUCGUGAACACAGGGGGUGUUGCCGCGGUGAUAGACUACCUGGGAGAUUGUCGUGGCAACGUGAGGUUGCCGGGCAUCAUGAUGCUGGGAUACGUGGCAGCUCACUCUGAGAACCUGGCCAUGGCGGUCAUCGUCUCCAAGGGGGUGCCCCAGCUGACCCUCUGCCUGUCUGAGGAGCGUGAGGACCAUGUGAGGGCUGCCACGGUCUGGGCCCUGGGGCAGCUGGGCCGCCACACGGCAGAGCACGCCCGGGCCGUGGCCAGUGCAGGAGUGCUGCCCCGCCUGCUGGGCCUCUACAUGGAUACAGACAGCUCCGAGGACCUGCAGGUCAAGGCGAAGAAGGCUCUGAAGAGUAUCCUCCAGAAGUGCACCCACCUGCCGGCUCUGGAGCCCCUGCUGUACGACGCCCCCAGCAACAUUCUCAAACAUGUGGUGGGCCAGUUUAGUAAGGUGCUGCCCCACGACAGCAAGGCGCGGCGCCUGUUUGUGACCAGCGGGGGGCUGAAAAAGGUGCAGGAGAUCAAGGCAGAACCUGGCUCCGCCCUGCAGGAACACAUCACCUCCAUCAACAACUGCUACCCUGAGGAGAUAGUCAGGUACUACUCUCCUGGCUACUCUGAGACUCUGUUGGAACGAGUGGAGAAAUACCAGCCUGUCUGAGGGUGUGACUCACCACAGGACAUCAGCUCACAUCCCUCUGCACACCUGAGCUACACACCUGAGCUUCACAGCAUCCUAACAACUAUGAUACUGUGAAAGGACCCCACAUAUAUAGUGAAUUAAAAUGUUUCUUACUUAGAAUGGAUUAUGUUGUGUUUUUAUUGUUUCUCUGUUUUUUUUUUCAUGCCUGUUGGUUUUAUAUUUUUAUACCAUGUGUCAAUUUAACAAAUUAUGAUUAUUUAAAGAUGUAUGUGAACAUUUGAAGAGACCCAGUGAUCGUUUUCUAAAUAAGUCAUGAAUGUAAAUAUACAUUAACACAUUUGUGACAGUACACACUGAGAUAUGUUGGUUGGAAAUUGCAGAAUAUACAAAUUGUACACAUUUGGAUAAAAAAUAAAAAUAAAGCACCGAAUAAUGAACGUUGAACAGUCAAAACGAUGUAGAGUAGAAACUAAAGUUAAGUUAAAGGAAAUGU